AUGAACAAACAUUUCCGGACCCCUCUUCACGCCUUUAUAAAACGCAAAGGUUUGACAGAUGAGAAUAGAAAAGGGUGGAUGGCCAUCCUUCAGAUUCUUUUAGAAGCCGGAGCCGAAGUAAACGUGAAGGAUCUCUAUGGAAACUCCCCGUUGCAUGUUGCCUGCACCAUGAGAGACAUUCCGCUAAUUGAGCAGUUACUUGAGAGAGGAGCGGAGUUGGAUUGCCUCAAUUUCGAAUGGGAAACACCCUUUGAGGUGUUGCGGAAGCAAUAUGGGCCGCUCACUUCCGAAGAACUAGAGUUUGCGAAGCAGAAGACGGGCAGUCUGCAGACAGCAACUGCGAAGGAUAAGGCAGGCGCCCCAAAGCGACCAUCUCAGGAAACCUGCGACACAGAAGCCAGAAAUGUCUGUGAUAGCUUCCCAAUCUAUCUCCGCUACCAGGUGGUUUCCACCGACGGUGUAGCCGUGUCAUGGGUACCGACAGAUUACAAGGCCUCCCAUGCUCUGUACCGCGCGCCGGUUUCGGACGCCGGUGGCGAACCGCCUGAGAACCAGAAUAAGCAUUUCUUGGAAUCUUGGAAGGAACGCUUCAUGAAAAUGGUAGAUACAGAUGUGAUUCCUGAGGUGAUCCAGCCUCAGGCGGAAAACGUGGAAGUGGCCUCAACCGAGGAUAAACCUGCUACGCGGGCAGACGGGAUCACUGCCAAUAGCGAGCCCAAUGAAGAGGCACGGGAGCUCAAAAGUGAGAUUGGGAGGAAGGCGUGGAGAUGGAUCAACUUUCCGUCAAAUAAUAUGACGUGGAUCAGGGACUUCAUAGUAAACAAUGUCAAGGGCCCAGGAGAGACCCGGUACGACGCAGAAGUUGAUGCCCGGACAUGGCAAUUCUGGGAGAGCAGCAUUAAAAUUCGCGAAACAAAAGAUUCCACUUUCCGGGUCCGGGAACCUCAUGUACUGGUCAGCAAAGGGGAAGGGGAUUCCAUCCCGACAUCCCAGGAGGGUAGUAGUAAUCUAAUGGAUCUCCCGUGGGACACGGCGCCAGUUUAUACACCGCCUAAAAGCCUGAUAUCAAUAGUGGUACCUUUCUUGGAUAUCGAGACUGGAGAUGAGACUCGACUCCGGGGUGGCCGUAAAGCGCCGUAUUUGGAGAGGUUCGAAGAGCUUGAGCGAGCCUAUCCCCUUUUACCGGGAAGCAGGGAGUACAGCAGGUACAGAGCUUGGAUCAAACUGCCAACAACCGACGACAGGAGAUAUCGCCACUCCAAUCAACGAAAGGCCAAGUCGUUUACAGGUGGUCAUUAA